CGUACCUCAUCUGGGUUAUACAGGAUGUACAAAUGGUGGAACUUGAUGUUGCUUAUGUUGCAAGCAAAUGCAAGAAGAAAAGGGUGUUGAGCUAUAUGAAGGGUUAACCUUGUAAGUUAGAAUUAGAGAGGACAAAGUGUAAGUAAGAGAAAAAUGGAGGAGGACAUUCAAAAGAGGGGUUUGCUAUAUUUACAACAGCAGAGGUUUGGCAAGAAGUGGAGGAAAGUGUGGUGUAUACUGUACCAGGAGAGUAUAUGUUCCAUCUCACGUCUGGAGUUUUUUGAAUCUAAAGAUGGAAAUUUUGGCACAUUGGAGAAAUCAAAAUGCAAACAGGAGAACAAGAAGGUUAUAAAGCUGAGUGACUGUAUCCGUGUGUCGGAUGCUGAUGUUGAUGGGUGUCCAAAGGACUGCAAGGCCUUCCUGGUGGAGACUACUGAGAAGAUUUUUGUAUUUGCUGUGGACAUGUCUGAAUUAGAGGACUGGAUGCAAAAACUGUGUGAAUUGGCAUUUCCUAUGAACUGGGCUGAAAGAGGUGCAACAAGGCAGACCAAUAUGCUGAAAUCUGAUGAGGCCACAAUGUCUAACAACUCUCUCUACUGUGGCAAAGAAGCUGCAAUGAAGGACUUCAAGGUAACAAUAAGACGUACAGAUGCUACAGACAGGUGUGGCCUGAGAGGACAUUACCUAUUACGGACAGACUUUGAUAGCCUCUUACUGAAAGAGCCAAAGUCAGGAGAUGUGCUCUUCACCUGGCCAUAUCGCUACCUCCGCAGGUUCGGACGGGACAAGAUGACAUUCUCUUUUGAGGCUGGGAGAAGAUGUGAUUCAGGGGAGGGAAAUUUUGAGUUUGAUACCAAGCAAGGCAAUGCCAUCUUCCAGUAUGUGGAAGCUGCUAUCAACCUUCAGAAGGCAGGUAUAUCGCAAAGACAAGCAUCAAGUGGUGCUAGUGAGCAAGAGCCUGUCUCUCAGCCCCCCAAAGUCUCACCAUCCAUAGAGAACAGCACCAUUUACAGCAUGCUGACUGAAGGAGCAAUGAAGGAUAGAUACAAUCAGACAUCACCCCACCGUUCCAGGCUGGAGACCCCAGCAGACAAGCAUCUGACAGGGGUCAAGAGUCUAAACCUGGACACUCGGCCUCCACCACGCAAGAACCAGGUGAAGAACUUCCGAAGCUGUCCCCUAGCCAAAACAGAUGAAGUUUACUCUCGUGCCUCAGCACCAGCUGUGGACAGGGAGAUUCCGGCUGAGCAAGAGGAGCAAAGUCGAGCUCUUUGUCCUUCUUCAAAAUCUGAUGAUGCAGAAUAUUCACUCCCCUUUGACAACAUUGCCAAGAACAUCAUGGUGGACAUCUUAGCAGCUUCACAUCAACAUUCACCACCUGUAGUGGAACCUUGUUCCAGUAUUGAAACAAAAGCCAAUGAAGAAAGCACAGAACCACUUUAUGAUAGCAUAGAUGAGUCUGCCAUAAGAUCUUCUUUUUCACAUGAACACAAAACACAUUUAGGUUCAUAUACAACAUUGGAACACAUUUACGAUGAACCUGAAGGUUGUGCUUUGACACCUAGUGGUCCCACGUCACUCUAUGAUGACCCAGAGGAGGUCAGAGGUGAUGCUUGGAAGACACUAGGUGCUGUGAUGGACCCAAGUGGGCAUGAAUACCCUUAUAAUGCACUGUCAGAUGACUAUGCGGUUCCCAAACCAGCCAGGAGGGCAUUAAAAGCACAGCAGGAAAGAGGAUACGAGGAUGACUCUUCAACAUAUGAUAAUGUGAUAUUGAAAAUGAAAGCUAGUAACAAAACUGAAUAGGCUGGAAAUGUUUUAGCAUCCACUUAUGUUGUGUAAGAAUGAUUUAUAGUCUUUGUGUAUGAAAGAUUUAUAGUCUUUGUGAAUGAAUGAUUUAUAGUCUUUGUGAAUGAAUGAUUUAUAGUCUUUGUGUAUGAUUUAUAGUCUUUGUGUAUGAAUGAUUUAUAGUCUUUGUGUACGAAUGAUUUAUAGUCUUUGUGAAUUGAUGAUUUAUAGUCAUUGUAAAUGGAUGAUUUGUAGUGUUUGUGAAUGAAUGAUUUAUAUUCUUUGUGGAGUUCAGCAUUGAUGAAUCCAAGUACUGAAACCAUGUAACAUAAUUAAUGCAUUUCAUUCCUGUUUGAUUAUAUGAACCUUUUUGAAGAACCUUGUAAAAUAUGAAGACACAAACACUGUUUAUCAUAAAUAAUCCUGAUAAAACAUACUAUUAAAAUGUGACAUGUAAUAUACAAAUACAGUGUAUAG